AUGUCUCGACCGAGCUCUGCUGCUCAACCCAGAGCCCUCACCUUGACUGAGGAGCUGGAAAAGCUUGAGCAGUCCAUCACUUUGACCCUGCAAGAGAUCGACCAUAAUUUCAGCCGCGCCCACCGGAUAGUGACGUCCAGUAUCCUACCUAUCGUGGAACAGUAUGCGACGCAUUCGAAGGACGUGUGGGAAGGAUCUAGAUUCUGGAAACAAUUCUUUGAGUCAAGUGCCAAUGUCUCAUUAUCAGGCUAUGAGGAGCCUCCGUCACAAUAUGAGAACACAAUUGCCACGGCUGCCGAGGACUCUCAUACCAUGACCAACACGAACCUUGACACCUCGGAAUCAUACGAGACACCCACCGCCCAACAUAUUUCUACGGAUUCUAUACAGGACCUUGACCUGUCCGACCUGUCUGUUUCGCGCUCCUCUUUUAGCACACCACGGCCCUCGGCGAAGGUGAAACCUGAGCAAGUCAACUUUGCCGACUACCCGGCCCCUUACGAGGCCCUACGACAAGAAGUCAACAGCACAACACUGGAUGCGACCUCCAUGACACAGACCAUGAUGCCAGAAACACCUGGACGUCCAGUCAUCACCAUGGACACUAUCGCAGCUACGCCAGAGUCAUCCCCAUAUCCCCUGCCACAACCUACAUCGAUUCCUCGGCCUUCCACAAUACGCAAGCACACCGACCCUCUUCUACACAGAGUUCUCGACAGAAAUUAUAGGGUGCAGGCUACACCGUUGACUAGCAACAAAUAUGCUAAUGUCCAGCCCAAGGCUGCCGCGACCCCAUCCACAUCGAAGCGUGGCCGGAAUCUUCCUCCUGAUUCAAUGUUGUCAUCCAGUCCAGAGAUAGCCCCGCCUGAACUUGAUCCAGAGAUUUUCUCGUCUCCCGAGCGUAAGGCUCGUACACCAGGUAUCAGUGUGCUCACACCAGCACGUCAAAAGCCUGAACAGAGGAAAGCACCUACACAUACACCAGGAAUUUGGGACAGUGACGAGGAUGAUCUGGAUGAUGAUCCGCCAUUUGGCAGCCCUCCGAAGACAAUGCAAUUCCAUAUCCCACAGAACAGGCUAUUGAAGACUCCAGCCAAAGAAGCCUCGCAAAGAAUCGUGCGAGAUAUCUUGACCACUGCCGGACUGGAUUUCGAUGACGAGGAAAUAGAUUUUAGCCGGGAGCUUGAGACUCAGGGCUUCGAUGCUGAUUCCACCAGCCCAAGUGUUGUGCGGCGAGCGGUGAACCUUGAGGAUGAGACCUUCUAG